AUGAAAAUUUUAUUUAAAUUCAGAUCAGCAGGUUCAAGUUGUAGGCGUCUCAUUCCCAUAUAUAUCUCAAAUUUACAAUCUUUUUGUUAUUCAAUCGACACUACACCAUUCAAUAACCCGAAUCCAAACAACCCUGAAAAAGCCCAGAUAAAAAAUGCUAAAGAUUACACUAAUCUUUUUGAUGAAAUCACCCAAAUUUUAGGAACCCAGAGCUUCAAUGUGGAUGUAAAUGUAGGUGAUCGGUUUCCGAUAACGAAAGGGGAUGAUUUGAAAGAUUCUUUGGAGUGCACACAAGGUGUUUGUGAAAAUGCCUGUGAGAACCAAAAUUUGGAAAUUAGAAAAACCUGUGUGGAUUCAAAGGAUGUGAGCGAUAUAGUUACUAAAGCUACUCAGGUUUUAAGGGGUGGUGAGGGUGCAGUGUCGAUUGAGGAACGGUUAGAGGAUAUGGAUGUUGAGUUUGAUUGUGAUGUUGUUGAUAAAGUUUUGAAGAGGUGUUUUAAAGUGCCUGAUUUAGCUUUAAGGUUUUUCAAGUGGAUAAAGGUUAAGAAUGAGGCGUUUGUUACGACUGCAGCGUAUAAUACGAUGAUUUAUGUACUUGCAGAGUCGAAAAAGUUUGAGUUAGUUGAGGGACUGUUGAAGGAAAUGGAGAAGAAUUCAUGUAAGAAGGAUAUUAAGACAUGGACUAUUCUUAUUUCUCAGUAUGGGAAGUCAAAUAAAAUUGGGAAAGUGUUGUUGCUUUUUGAGGAAAUGAAGAAGUCUGGUUUUGAACCUGAUUUGGCGGUUUAUAAAGUAACGUUGCGUACACUUUGUAAUGGUAGAAAAUCGGAUAUAGCCAUGGAGUUUUACAAGGAGAUGAUGUCUAAAGAAAUGGAACCAGAUACAAGUUUGUACAAAGUUUUAUUAAAUUGCUUAGCACGUUCAGGAGACAUUGAUGCCAUCCACUUGAUAGCCGAUGAUAUGAUAAAGAUCUCCCAAAUCCCUGAACUAGAUGUGUACACUUAUAUGUUAAAAAGUUUUUGCAUUUCGGGUAGAAUAAGAGAAGCGUUAGAAGUGAUAAAGGAUAUGAAGAAUAAAGAUAUUGUGAUUGAGUCUGAACAUUUUGAGAUGAUGGUGAAAGGAAUGUGUCGCGCUGGUAGAAUCAUGGAUGCUCUAGAAAUUGUUGAUAUUUUAAAGAGAAAAGAUGCCGUUGACAAAAAGAUCUAUGAAAUUGUUAUCAACGGGUACCUGCGAAGAAAUGAUCUCUCCAAAGCACUUGACUUGUUUCACGGCCUAAAAGAUUGUGGACAAACACUGACAGUCGCUACUUAUACAGAGCUGAUGCAAUAUCUUUUUGGAAUGAACGAGUUUGAGAAGGCAUUUGAUUUGUAUAACAUGUUGCUGGAAACAGGAGUUGAGUUGGAUAGUGUGGCAAUAACUGCUGUUGUUGCUGGUUAUGUGCAACAAAACUGUAUUUCUGAAGCAUGGGAAGUGGUUGAAAAUGCAGAAAAGAAAGGAAUGAAGUUGAGUAGCAAGUGUUAUAUGGUCUUUAUCAAAGAACUUUGUAAGAUUUCAAAGUCUGAUGAAGCUGUCAAUGUUUUGGAUCAUAUGAAAGCUUUGAAGUUAGGUAUAUCAGAGCAUAUAUUAAACUGGAUAAUAUCUCAUUUGGAAAAAAACGGAGAAUUGGGGAAGAUACAACGAGUAAAGCGGAUUCAAAGAGCCACUUCUGACAAAGACGAAACCACCCUUGAUUCAAGCUCGAUCCAGAUAGACCCAAAAAGUGUAAAUUCUCUUAUAACUUAUACCCCUGCUGUUGCGGCUAAGUCUUUUGUUGAAUAUGAUCUUCAAAGAGCCUGUAAGAUUGUGUCUUCCUCAAUGGAUUGGUCCUUAAAGGAGGAAUCUUUACAAAAAUGUGAUCUCGAUAUCACACCAGAACUAGUUGUGGAAGUACUGAGAAAGUGCAGCCUACAGGGGUGUGCAGCGUCACAGUUCUUCUCAUGGGCUGGAAAGAAAAAUGGUUACAGUCACACUGCAGAAACGUACAACAUGGCGAUGAAAGUUGCUGGUCAAGGGAAAGAUUUUAAGCAUAUGAGAAACUUGUUUAAUGAAAUGAGAAGAAAAAGUCUGUUGAUUUCAUCAGACACAUGGACAAUCAUGAUUUUACAAUACGGUCGAAUAGGUUUGACAGAAAUUGCUCUAAAAGUAUUCAGAGAAAUGAAGGAAAGUGGUUGCAGUCCCAUCAGUAGCACAUACAAAUCUUUGAUUAUUUCCCUUUGUGGGAAAAAGGGUAGAAAGGUCAAUGAAGCAAUCGAAACGUUUUUGGAGAUGAUACAAGCUGGAUUUGUGCCCGAUAAAGAAUUGCUUGAAAUAUAUCUUGAAUGUUUAUGUGAAACUGAUAAUGUGUUAGAAGCCAAAAAGUGUGUCAAGAACCUAUGUACACUUGGAUUUUCGACUCCCUUAGCUUACUCAUUGUGUAUCAGGGCUCUCAGUCGAGCAGGUAAUGUAGAUGAAGCUUUGUUAAUGAUGGAUGAGGUUGAUGAAAAAGACCAAAAUAUUCUCAAGAGUUACACUUACGGAAGCCUGAUUCACACAUUACUGAGGAAAAGGCGCUUACAGGAAGCAUUGGAAAAGAUAGAAUCAAUGAAAGAGCUGAGUAUCUUCCCAACUGUUCAUGUCUAUACAUCACUAAUAGUUUUUUUCUUCAGAGAAAAACAAAUUUCUAAAGCUUUAGAGGUUUUUGAGAAGAUGAAACAAGAGGGAAUUGAACCCACAAUCGUUACUUAUACAUCGUUAAUUCGUGGAUAUGUAAGCAAUGGGAAGAUCGACGAUGCUUGGAAAGUUUUUCAUAAGAUGAAAAGUGAUGGGCCAUUGCCCGAUUUUAAGACGUAUUCAAUGUUCAUUUCUUGUUUGUGCAAGGAGACCAGGUCUGAAGAAGCUAUGCAACUUUUAUCUGAGAUGUUAAGUGUCGGGUUUGCUCCAAGUACUGUUAAUUUUCGUGAUGUAUUUUACGGAUUAAAUAGAGAGGGGAAACAUAAUCUAGCUCAAACUGUACUUAUGAGAAAAUGGAAUUUUGUAAGUAGAAGGAAAUCUUUGACUUAAUUUGGUCAGCCUUUACUUAUUUAAGUAGCAUUGCCUAGGAUCUGUGUGUUUAUUUAUU